AAAUAUUUUUUUCUUUUUUUCCGGGAAACAUUCGGUGUUGGGGGUCGCGAUUGGGAAGAAGAAGAAGAAGAAUGAUGAGCUCCAUUGGAUCAUCUCUUUCUCUGUUCUGUUGUUCUUAUCCGAACCGUAAACAGAGGAGAUGCUCUGUCCUUUGCUCCGGCGUCAGAACCGCUGCGGCUAGGCGGCAGAGUCGGGAUCUGUCCGCAACCGAAGCUAGAGUUUCUCUCGUUCUCGCUCUCGCCUCCCAGGCCUCCUCUGUUUCUCAGCGCCUUUUGGCUGAUUUGGCUGUGGAGACUGCGAAGUAUGUGUUUCCGAAGAGAUUCAAUAGCUCGAACCUUGAAGAAACCUUCAUGUCUGUUCCGGAUCUCGAGACUAUGAACUUCAGAGUUCUAAGCAGGACAGAUCGAUACGAGAUCAGAGAAGUCGAGCCUUAUUAUGUGGCCGAGACUACAAUGCCAGGGGGAACUGGAUUUGACUUCUAUGGUGCUUCCAGGUCUUUUAAUGUCUUAGCUGAGUACCUCUUUGGUAAGAACACGGUAAAUGAGAAAAUGGAGAUGACCACUCCUGUUGUUACUCGUAAAGUCCAGUCUGUUGGAGAAAAGAUGGAGAUGACUACUCCAGUAAUAACUAGGAAGGGGAAAGAUCAAACCCAAUGGCAGAUGUCUUUUGUCAUGCCCUCGAAGUAUGGCUCAGAUUUGCCACUGCCUAAAGAUCCUUCAGUCAAGAUACAGGAGGUGCCACGGAAGAUCGUUGCUGUUCUCGCCUUCUCAGGAUACGUAACAGAUGAAGAGAUUGAGAAACGGGAGCAAGAACUAAGGCGAGCUCUUCAGAAUGACAAGAAGUUUCGAGUGAGAGAUGGUGUUUCAGUCGAAGUUGCACAGUACAAUCCACCAUUCACUCUCCCGUUCACCCGCCGCAACGAGGUCUCUUUAGAAGUGGAAAGCAAAGAGUAUUAGCCCCUUCAUUGGUUAUAUACACGUAUACACACACACGCACACACUUGUAUACACUCUGUAAUAUAGCUGUGUUAAAAGACAAGACGCGUUUACUUGAAUAGUUGAAUGUGAGUAAGUAAACCAUUAUUGAUUCACUUUA